AAAGACUCCUGCUUUGACUCCAACAACAGGAGAGAGAGAUAUUAAAGUCACUUGUAACGAGAACGAUAUGAAAAUUGAAAUCGGAAUAAAAGAGUAUCCUGCYUUGAACGCUAAGGAAUUCCACCUUAAAGACAAAAACUGCAAAGCGCAGGUCAAAGGGAAAUACAUUACGCUAAAGACUGAUUUAGACAAAUGUAAGACGGAUUACGUCGAGGAAAAGGACACAAUUACUUACUAUAACCACGUUCGGGCRUUUGAGAUYAUUACCAAAGCUCCGGGCGAAACGGUGACACGUGAAGAUGACCUUACUUUGCCAUUCAAUUGUACUUACAAAAGAACYCAUACAGUUCGUGGGACGACAUACUUUGAACCAAAACGAAGACUAGAUGCCACAGAAGGAGCGUUAGGGAAUUUUACUUUCCUKAUGGACUUAUACAAAGAUAAGAAGUACACCACUAAAUAUAAGAGUAGUGAUUAUCCUAUCAGCGUUGAGCUSAGUGAUCCCAUGUAUGUUCAAUAUCAAGUGGUGUCAGAGAAAGGAAACUUGAAUGUGUAUGCUGAGGAAUGCCUUGCUACUCCUUCAAAGGACGARAAAGACACUCCYAGUUACAAGUUUAUUGAAAAAGGGUGUKCAACGGACGACACGAUGCAAUACAACUACGCUGCUAACAGAGUCCAAAACUUUUCSAUYAACGCGUUUCGAUUCAUCGCCGAUCACCCCAUCGUUUACCUUCAUUGCAUGCUAUUGGUCUGUCAUAGUAGCUCUAAGAAAACCAAGUGUUCUAAAGGAUGUAAUAUUAAAGAAAGGCGUAGGAGAGAGAUAACAAGAAAUAUUUAUCAAGAAUCAAAGGCUUAUCAUCUCGCAUCGGGACCAAUAACUCUUAAAAAGCCCAAAGAUGUUUCAGGUGACGUUGGAAGCCAGACAAUCAUUAUUUCUACUGUGUCAUCCCUUGCCGGAAUUCUCCUUAUAGUAACACUGGCUCUUGCUGUUUGUCUGGUCCUCAAGCGAAGAUCUGAGAGACGUCACCGAGAACGUGAACCUGAAGAGAUACGACCUUAUGAAGAUGUAGUGCUUCUUAGUGAUACGUCGAGUAUUGARUUAAGCCGUAGCUACUCUGCUCUCAACACUACACAAGAUGUUURAAGCUGCAAAUAUAUUGUAUUAUUAACAAGUGUGUUAUUGUCAAUAGUAUAGGUUUCGUGCUGUUGACUUUUGAUAUUUGAAGUGUAUUUCCAAUACGUCUUUCUUGACUACAUGCUGCUUUGCAAUAAGCUGAAUUUAUUGUGGGAGGAUCAUGUCAUUAAUAAGCACUGAAAAUAUAGGAAAUUAAAUGUUCGCAAAAUGUAAGAUAGAAAUAUGUUAUUACUGAUGUUUGAAASGUCAGUCAUUUUCAGUCAUAAAUCAAGAAUUUUGCACUUCAAAGUUUUGAYAUUUGAAUUGUAUAGUUGUAGGGGUUUAGAUGUUCAUUGUUGCUAUCAAGGAAAUUUCAUAUAUGUGUACAAAAGCUCUAUUUAGACCUCAAACCAUCGACAUAUCAGAGUGACUAUGAAUAUAAAAUCAUUGAAUAUAUUGUAUAUUAUACCCGUAUAAAACUG